AUUACUACUAUGUAGAGAGAAAUUACGACCAGAGCCAUGGAGGGAGCCGGGGGCUGUUGCUUGCAAAUUUUGCGGGCGACGCUUCCGGUAAUUGUGAUUACCUUGUUGCUGAGCACAGUUAUAUGUAAGCCAGUGGAUGCGGCCAACAAGGCGUCGCGGCUUGCGGACGCGCACUUUCUGCAGCACGGUGUGCGGCUGCCCACACAUGAGUUCCUCGCGGCGAUGGCAGAAGCCGCAGUGGACAUCCGCCACCUGUCUUGUCGCAAAAGCCUGGUGCUCUUAGGCAUGGCGAACGAGGAGGCCCUCAACAAGACAGUGCCGGUCUUCCUCAUGAGCCUUAGUCGUGUCAAGAUUACCGGAGGGCGUCAUAGAGGGCGCACGCUUGACCAGCAUCUGGUGCUAGUCGCAUGGUCGGAGGCGGCAAUGGCCGCCUGCAAAGCACUCAACGGCCAAUUUGACCAUAAGUGUGUGCGAGACCCAGAGCACAAGGCCGCAACAGGGUCGUUCGGUUUCCACAGUGAAGGCUUUAACGCACUAGGGUUUGCCAAGAUUAAGUACAUCCUGAACGGGCUGUCGGCUGGGCACGACGUGGUGUUUUUGGACACGGACAUCAUCGUGCUGCAGGACCCGCUGCCGUACUUCCUGGGGCGAGGGGCGGACAUGUGGGCCGCUCACGAAAAGUGCGUCAUCUGGGAUGACCGGGCGAACAUGCUCUCGCUACCGCCGGAGCUCCAGGCGGUGCACAAGAAGCUGCCUCCACUCAACAUUGGUGUGCUGUAUUUCAAGGCGACGGCCGGUGUCACACGCUGCGUGUACUCCUGGAUCUUCGAUAUGUACAUUGAAGUGCCUAAACGCCCUCGCGUGUGGGACCAGGACAUUUAUGGGAAAAUCCUGCUGCGGUGCGGUGCAUCCCACGGGCUGCGAUGGCAGGCAUUGGACCCACGGCUGUUCCAAUCGGCAUGCUUCCCUAACUGCGGCUGUACUUUCCCGGAUGCGGCGACAAAAGAGCCGGAGCUGGUCGGCCACAACAGCAAGGGUCAUCGCUUCGUGGGCGAGUACGAGUGCGAACCGCGGCACUGGCUGGGCGAGGGCGGCGAGGGGGACGAGGAUGAGGACGAGGGUGCGGCCGGUGGCGGCGGGGGUGCCGGCCAAGACGGGUCGCGGCCGUGGCUCAUGCGGCAUUUCCCGUGCUCAGGCUCUACGGCAGAUAAGGCAGAGUUCAUGAGUAACAUGCUAGAAGGAGUGCUGCAUCACAAGAAUGCGAAGAUUACUAGGCGCGUGAAGCGGCGGCUGUGAACAGUUAAGGGCAUUUGAGCAACCCGGCGGACGGUCACAGGAAGUGGCCAAAGUGCCCAUACGCGACUGGCCACAGGUGGACAAUCAGUGCUAACUGUAUUUUGUGCGUUCCAAGUCCGUAAGCAUGGCGGAGCUAAAAGCUAAUGCUUUUUCCACACACAACUCAGACGGAUGGGCCAUGAUGGGCGCUCCGGACUGCUCUGGAAGGCGACGGCUGCAGGGGCACGCAGGGGCCGCCUGGCACGGCGUGCCGUGCAGGGCCUUCCCUUAUGUCGCAUGCGCCAAGGGACCACGGGGUCAAACGGGGCAACUAUCAGCAAUCGCAGAGACUGCGUGCAGCAUUGAUGCAGACUUGGAUCGCGGAGCGCCC